CAGGAUUUGAAACCUAUAUCUCAAAAUUCAAAAAGUUUCCUGAAGUAAUAUUUAAAGACAAAUAGGAAAUAUAUAUUACAUUAUAAAGAACUGUGGAAUUCUUUUCUCUGGUUGUUGCAUUGAAUUUAUUUUGGAUUCCUUUCUCCACUAUCUAGCUACUAUACAUAAUAGCCUAGUAAACUGUAAUCUCACUAUUGUUAAUUACAAUAAUACCAAUACCUGUAAUUAUAAGCAGCACCGUGAUAAUUAGAUAUGUGCACGUAGUUAAUUUGCUUAACUCGGCAUUUCUUGGUUACAAAUAGAAUAGCCUGCUGUAAACGGUUUUAAAAUACUUUACGUGCUGUAAUAUCAUCAUUUGCUGUCUUUCAUAUUUAUUUCGCACACAGGAGAGCUAACUCACUGCGUGCUAUUACAUUUUCAACCAGGAGGCGAGCCUGUCAUAUCUGUGUGAUAUCUGUCAUGUCCAGCGCGCGCCACUCAGUGCGUUUUUCCCGCCGCAGUGUAACCAAACGACGCGGCUUCAAAGGCGGUUAAAUCACGAGCAGUAGACUGAACUACAGCUCAUAUUAGGACAGAAUAUCACACAGAACCGCACGGAGAGGAUGUGUCUUUAUUUAGGUCUGUUCAAAAAAUAAUGUUCCUACAUUUAGAUAGGUGAACAAUAAUAUCAGGGAACUGUUAUUUGUAUUAUUUUGCGUUGCCUAUGGCUACAGGGGAACAUGGAAAUCACUGCUGAAUUUGUUACAGUACUCUGGAUUAUAGGAGUUUGUAUUCGUUUUCUCCGAGUUUAUGGGAAUCUAUAGUGUAUAAAACGAUGACUCAAAUAGAGACAGAGGAUUUUGUCUGAACUCUCAACUUUGUUUUUAUUUUUGUGGAAGAAAAGUUGCACCGGACUUUGAAAAAGCGCACCUGUGGACUACCGCACAAAGAACGGAAGAAAUAAAACAAGUCUCUGAGGAAGAAAAGUAUUGAUUAAAUUAAAAACACUGGAAACAGUAGGUGAGAUGCUCUGACAGAUAAUCUGCGUGAUUGUGGAGGCAAGGCAACAGCUGUCAGUCAGAGCACGAGACCCCCUCCCUUCGUCACUGCUCGCGCUGCGUGUGCACAGUGCGCAUGACCGUCAAGAGCGAACCGCACGGACGAGGGAAAUUUAAAAAACGGUUUUUUCUUGCGGGACAACAAGUGCCCCGACCAACAGUAGAGCUUUCCUCCGUCUCGUUACCCAAGAUUUUCUAUACCCCAGAACAACUUCAGCAGAAACAGAAGAUGAUUGAAAGUGGAAUUACAAGCAGGAUGUCGGGAAUUCAUGAAAACCCUGGACAAAGUCACCACACCUCUGCACAAGACUACAGACUCCUGACUACUGACCCUUCACAGCUAAAGGACGAGCUGCCUGGUGAUCUUCAGUCCCUGUCCUGGCUCACCUCUGUGGAUGUUCCCCGGCUGCAGCAGAUAGGGGGUGGACGGCCUGACUUCGCCAGCUCUGCUCAGAACAGCCUGCUGGAGCGGCAGACAGCUCAGCUGAAUAGCAUGACGGUAGCAGGAGGAGCGGGAUCUGCGAUUCAUCUACAGAAUGAAAUGCAACACAGCCCUCUGGCCAUCAACAGCAUGCCCCAGUUUUCCCCUGGGUUUCCUUGUGCCACAUCAGUGUACCAAACCGCCCCUCAGCAAGUGCUCACUUUCACUCAGGCAAACCAACAGUGUUCUCCCGGUGGACUUUAUGGCAACUACAACAGCCAGAGUCUGUUUCCUCAGCCUCGUAUUACUGCUCACAACCAGGACCUGCAGCCCAAGACUUUCCCUAAACCCAUCUAUUCUUACAGCUGUCUGAUUGCCAUGGCUUUGAAGAACAGCAAAACAGGCAGCCUUCCUGUUAGUGAGAUUUACAGCUUUAUGAAAGAGCACUUCCCUUAUUUCAAGACAGCACCCGAUGGAUGGAAGAACUCUGUACGCCACAACCUGUCCUUGAACAAGUGCUUUGAGAAGGUGGAGAACAAGAUGAGUGGUUCCUCCAGAAAAGGCUGUCUUUGGGCACUCAAUCCUGCAAAGAUCGACAAGAUGGAGGAAGAGAUGCAGAAAUGGAAACGCAAAGAUCUCCCAGCUAUCCGUCGCAGCAUGGCCAACCCAGAUGAAUUAGACAAACUCAUUACAGACAGACCGGAAAGUUGCAGACAGAAGUCCGUUGAUACUGGCAUGACUCGCUUGCCCAGCUGCCCACCAGGACCGACCCUUCCGAUAGCAGCUCAGAUGCAGCCCCAGCCAGUGGUCACUCUGUCUCUACAGUGUCUCCCCAUGCACCAUCACCUUCAACUGCAGCUCCAGAAUCAGUCUCGCUUGGCUCCGGCCUCCCCUGCUCCUGCUCAGACACCCCCACUCCACACCGUCCCUGACAUGACAAACAGCUCCCGCCCCCAGCAUCCUACCAAGCAACACAGCGACUUCUACACGAUUCACACUGACAUGAAUUCAGAGGUGGACGCGCUGGACCCAAGUAUUAUGGACUUCACAUGGCAAGGAAACCUGUGGGAGGAGAUGAAGGAUGACAGCUUUAACCUGGAGGCAUUAGGUACUCUCAGUAACUCCCCACUUCGGCUGUCUGACUGUGAUCUGGACACUGGCAAUGUCACGCCUGUGUCCAAUGCAGGAGGACUGCCUUACCCAGACCUGCAGGUGACAGGCCUCUACUCUUCAUACUCAGCCAUAGAUGCCCUUUCUAACCAGUACAUGAACACACAAGGAGGAACAAAGCCUAUUGUUUUGCUUUAAUUGCACCCACAAGAAAUAAAGCAAGCUGAGCUUUACUCCACAGGAUCUAUAAAGCUUUUCAAUCCUAUAGCAUUUAUGGUGAUGUAACAGUGUUCGGUGGUGAAAUUUGCAUUGACUAUAUUGAUAGCAUUGAAUGCAUUGGAUUUUAAGGGACCAAAUCAGCAAUUAUGUUUUUUAGAGAAUUUGCAUGGUGAGAGAGUGUGAUUUAUAAGGGGUUUAAAGAUUUUCUAUAGAACAGUCCAGUGCAGAUCGCAAUACUGGCAUCAUGGCCAAACAUCAUCAUAAGUAACGACAGUGCUGCUUUCAUUAUAAACCUAAUGCAAAUUGCGAGUUAUCACAACACUAAAGGAACAAAGGAAAAAUAAUGGGAAUUAUGAUUUUGGGUUUGUUGCCAAGCUUUUUUCUGUACCAUAAAAGAAACUUGUUUUCUUCUCAUUUCGUCCAUUUAAUUGUUAGCCUUAUAACUGUAGUCGUGUGUCUUUUGUUGUACUGUGAUAGACACUGUAUCUGCUCUUUUAAUGUUUAUUUAUAUUUAUGAAAAGAGCUGAAAUGGUGACAUGAAUCAUUUUUUAUUGUACAUAUCUAAAUAUUUCAAAUGCAAGCAAUAAAAUUUCACAUUCAGA